CCCUACAGGCCUGGCGGGAAGCUGGAGGAGGGGGGGGGGUCUUUGGUGCCAGAAAAGAUGACUGAGCACUCUGAGGGCCCCGAAAAAGAGCAGUCCCUGACUCUUCCCCACCGCAGUGUGGUCUCCAGGUGUGCGGGGAAAGGCCAGGAACCCCAAGACACCCAGGGGCCAGAGCUAACCGACGCAGAGAGUGGACGAAGGAGAGGCUGUAACCACCUGACUCCGGCCCCCAGCCCCAAUGGGAAUGUGGGAGUUCGCCAGGGACCCAGGAGCCCCCUCCCUGCUCGUCAUCUCUCCAGGCCUCCCAGCAGCGCGCGAGGGCCGACAGACGGAGCAGGAAACCUGUGCUCCGCUGAGACUCGAGGGCUCAUCGCAAGGGCUCUGCUCACGGAGGUCACCGCCGCCGCCGCCAUGGCCUCGGUCAGCAUCAACGCGCUGCCCGAGAACAUCCUGCUGGAGCUCUUCCUGUGCUUGCCCGCCCGCCAGCUGCUGCUGCACUGUCGCCCCGUCUGCAGCCUCUGGCGGGACCUCAUCGACCUCGGGACACUCUGGAAGCGCAAGUGCCUGCGCGAGGGCUUCAUCACCGAGGACUGGGCCCAGCCUGUGGCCGACUGGAAGGUCUUCUACUUCCUGUGCAGCCUCCGCAGGAACCUCCUGCACAACCCCUGUGCUGAAGAGGGGUUUGAGUUCUGGAGCCUGGACGUGAACGGCGGGGAUGAGUGGAAGGUGGAGGACCUGUCCCGGGAGCAGAGGAAGGAGUUCCCCAGUGACCAGGUCAAGAAAUACUUCGUGACUUCCUAUUACACCUGCCUCAAGUCCCAGGUGGUGGACCUCAAGGCCAAAGGGUACUGGGAGGAGCUCAUGGACACCACGCGGCCCGACAUUGAAGUCAAGGACUGGUUUGCAGCCAGGCCGGACUGCGGGUCAAAGUACCAGCUGUGCGUCCAGCUGCUGUCCUCCGCGCACACACCUCUAGGGACCUUCCAGCCGGACCCAGCGACGAUCCAGCGGAAGAGUGAUGCCAAGUGGAGAGAGGUCUCCCACACAUUCUCCAACUACCCGCCCGGCGUCCGCUACAUUUGGUUCCAGCACGGCGGCGUGGACACUCACUACUGGGCCGGCUGGUACGGCCCAAGGGUCACCAACAGCAGCAUCACCAUCGGGCCCGCAUGGCCCUAACACCCCCCCCAAAACCCUCAGCCACAGAACCCUAAUGGGUAAACUGCUCCCCGAGAAGGGCUGGGCCUGGGAAGGGAAGGGGGCAUGCAAGCCAGGCGUCCCCAGACUUUGACCCCAGCCGCCCCUUCCUCGGUGGCCAUGCAGCAGGGCAGCUCCUUACUGAUUCCGACCUGAAGGAUCGCAGGGCAGGCCUGGGGGCCCUCUAGACAUGGAGCAUCUGAGCUUAGGGGAGUGCAGGGGGUCCCCCAGGCUCUGAGAGGGGGGCUCCAAGCUCAACACCAGCCCUGAUCUGUGCCCUUACCUACACACACACAGAGCCCAUUUGCAGGGUGUUCUUUGGGCACCCUCAGAGCAGGGACAAGUAAGGCAUCAGUGUGACUACCUUUGACAGUGCAGAUGUUGGGGGGUGGGUCUGCAGCCAGACAGAUGUGGGAGGGAGGAGAGCUCUCUGAUGGUCCCCAUCCCGUUCUGCAGCUCAUAAGUGUCCCCCACCCCUCUGCCUUCCCAGAAGACGUGGCUGCGGCCUGGUCUAUGAAGAACAGGGUAGACCGGAAGUGGUGGUGUCCAGAGGGGGUGGACGGUCCCAAAGCUAGAUGGGCACCAGGUGGGGGGUGGGCUCUCUGGAGGGAAUCUGGGCUCAGGACUGGGCCACGACUCUGAGGGUUGGGAUGUGGGAGCCCAGGGUGAAUAGGGUGGAGCAUUUUCCAGGGCCACCUGCGCACUUCCAUUCCCUGGCCAAGGCCCCCUGCUCCAGAAGUGCCAUGCCCAGGGUUUCCAACCAUGUUUCUGCCUCCCUCCUGCUUGAAGGACCAAAACCUACUGCAUGCAGUCAAAUAAAGGCAUUCCCAGCCCUGCUGUCCCUGUGGCACAGGCAGGGGUCGGGCCUGUGGCUACAAAGUGUGGCUUCUGUCCAGAGAGGGCCUGACAUUUCAGGGGCCUGGUCCCCGAGCCUGGUCUCGGAGGCUGGUCACAGCAAGGUCCCUCAGCCAUGUGCAGACACCUCCCUGAACCCCUCAGUACACCUCCCGCUGAUUGGGCAGUGCCACCUGGGCUCCACUUGCGCUGCCACUCUCUACCAAGUGCUUUACUGAACCUGGAUGCAGCUGAAGCAUUUAGAAUGCCCCCUUUGCAUAUAGUAGGUGCUCAAUAAAUGCUCAAAUGUCACAAUCUCAACCGUGACUUAGAUUAGGGCCCUGUCAGGGUAGGCAGGGGCCACCACCCACCAGAUGGAAAAAGUCAAUCUUCCAUAGAGAAGAAGGAGCCCUGAAUGCGACAGGGCCAGCCCCCUUGUGCAGGGCUCAGCCUGGACAACCCUUGGUGGUCUCCUGAGAAUGCUUCCCAAUCCUUGUAGAAUGAAGGAAUUCAAGCAGAGUCCAGAGCAAACCUGAAAGAGGUUUUUACCGGCUCUGUGGUCGCCUGGGGCUCUCGGGGAUGGAUCUGUGAGUGGUUCCACAGCCGGAGACUGGCCCACCUCUGUCUGCGGAGGGGGGGAAGAGAUCAGGUAAAAGGAGAGCCCAGGCGCCGAUCCCA